AUGCCUUUUUAAAUUAAGCUAUUUGAGAAAUAGGUAGUUUUUAUGCUGUCCCACUUUUUAACUUUGGAAUACAAAAUGCCUAAACUGUUUUAACUGCUCAUUAUCAUCUAUUCUGUUACCUAAUCAAUUUCUUAUUCAUUUUACUACUAGUAUACUUAAGAUGAGCAACUCAGACAUAGCCUUACUAAAAUUACCUCAUUAACAAGAUUGUAUUUAUAUAUUGACAAUCCAAAUAUUAAAUCAGGUUUGUUUUGGUUACUUGCUAUUGUCCAAAAUUUGAUAUUCCUUGCCGCUAGUAUUGUUGCUUACAAAAAUCAAUACAAAAUGGGUGCUUUAUCUUUUUGGACUAGAUUUAUAUCUGUCAUCUUCACUUUUUAUAUCUAUUAUUUUUCAACUGCAUUUUUUCCUGUUAUCUUUGAAAUUUGCCUUUUUUAAUCAUCAGAUUUAGUAUAAUUUUGUGUUUCCAUAAUUGUAAUGUUAGAAACACUCAUUAUUAUGAUUUUAGGAGAACUUGUUUUUAGAAGAGGCUUAAUACUUAAAUCAACUUCUCAAUUGUAUAUUAAUAUGACCUCAUACUCAUACAUAAUCAAAAUUCUAAAAUUAAUGUAAAUCAUUUUUUUUUUUUAUUUACAAACAAAAUUUCUCUCAUAAAUGAUUUAAUGCGUAAUUAACAUCCUAAUAUAAUUAUGCUUUAUAGCUGAAUAGAUUAGAGCCAAAGUUUAUGCUUAAAAAAUCUAUUCGAGCACAACAAUUAUUUUUAGUUCGAUUGGAUUAGUUCUUUCUUUUGAUGUACUUCUAACCCAAUCCACAAAUAAGAAUAAUUAUUGGAUAUUAGUUUGUAUAAUAUUGAUCAAAAUCUUAUUGUCAUGUGAAGAAUUUCGAAUUGAUAAAAUUUCUAAUUAUGGAAUCCAUCAAUUGAAAUAUUUAUUUACUUUUUUAGAUUUAAGUAAUCAUGAAAAAUCAAUAACAAAACUUUAAAUUUUCAUGCUUUUCUAAAGUCAUUAAUAGAGUUGUGAUAAUAAAAAAACAUGUUUUUGUACCAAACAUAAAAAUGAUUAAUUUGUUGCACUGAUAAAAAUUAUUGAGAGUAAAAUAGAAGAAUCACUUCAUGGUAAAACUAAAAUAUCUAAAGAUUUAAUUUGCACUGAUUAUGCAUAGAUUUUAUUUCGAAGUCACUAAUAUGUCAAAGCUUAAUAACAUAUAACUAGAUUUUUGACAAAAUAAUCUCCCAAUUAUGACAAAAAAUAAAAUCCAUUGUCAAAAAUUACAAUAUUCUUAUUAGAAUAUCUAAAGGGUGAGGUUUUAAAUUAAGUCAUGAUUUAAAUUACAGAAAAAAUUGUUUUAUCCAAUUAGCAUAAUAAAUUGCUAAAUGAAUCUUUGAAAUCUUUUGUAAUAAAUGAAAAUUCCGAUUCCGAAAUAAUAGCCAAUUUAAAACAAAUAAUUCAAACUAAAAUUUAAUUUUAUUAUAAUUUUAUUGAGCAUCAAAAUGCUAAUUUUGGAAAUAUCAAUUAUGCAUUGCAAUUUAUCUAACAAAUAAAAUAAUUUAAGGAGAUGCUAUUAGAUCGAUAUAAUUAGUUCCCAACGAGUAGUAACUAAAAUAUAUUAAAGUAUUUCACUUUGCAUAUUCUAAAUGAUUACAUCGAUUCUUUCAACAUCAAUAGAGGUAAGGCUUUUGAGGACGAUAAAUUUAAUUAAUUCUCAGGACAAAUGUAUCAUAAAAUCUUCGGAAUUAAUCCUGCUUACUUUAUUACUGAAUUGAAUUCUGAAUUAGAAGUGAUAAUAACUAAGAAGUCUUAAAGGGCGUAAUAUUUAUUGAAAUAAUGGAAGGUUUAAUAACAUGAAUAGAAAUACCAUGCUAACAUUGAACUAAACGCUUUCUUACCUGAGUAUGUGCAAUUGAAACAUAGCAGUUUGAUUGAGAAAUUCUUGAGUGAAGGACAAAAUAAAUAUUACCAAUAAUAAAAUUUAUCAUUUUUAAAAUAAUAGGAAAAGGUAAUGAUGCCAAUUCAAAUAAUGGUUAGCAUGAAUUAAACAAAUUAUGAUAAAUUCUCCUUUCUUACUUUUUUCUAUGAAUCGCUUGACUAUCGAUCAUACAUAGUUGUAGAUAAACAUUUAGAGAUAUUGAAUAUAAGUUCUAACAUUUCAGAGAGCUUAUUUUUAAAUGAAGCCAAGGUUCAUUCAAGUUGUGUAACUAAAAUAAUACCAAAUUUUCAACAAUUAGUAUCUACUCAUUAACAUCAAUUUUACAAUCAAGAAAUAAAGCUGGUUAAAGAAUAUCGCCAUUAAAAAGUACCCUGUUCCUUUACUGGUAAUAUUAAAAUUGACAGAAAAUUUGAAAAUCAAUAUAAGUGUUAUUUUGUUGAAUUAGAUAAUAUUCGAGCGAUAUCAAAGAAAUUUAAAGAUGAGAAUUCUACUUUGUAUAUGGCUUCUCUUACUUAAUUUCCUGGAUCAAGUUAGAAGUUACUCAAUAUAAAUAGUGAAUUUGAUGAUUCAGAAGAAAAGAUGAUACCCUAUAUAAAUUUUGAAAAUCAUCCUAUUCCUGAAAAUUCUCUAUGUAUUAUUCAAUAAGAACAACAGCGUUAGACAAUAAAUUAAACUGAUACAAAUUUGGUCUGCACUCUAUAAAUGGUGGAAUUAGGAAAGAGUCAUAACAUUUUUGAACCCUUAUCAUAAAAACGAUUAUUGCACAGUUCAAAGUAUUCUCAUGAUGAAGACAUGAAAAAAUAAGUAAAUAAAAUUGUCGAAGAAGAUGAGUUUCUUGAGAUUGGAUCAACAUCUUCAGUAACUGCAAUUAGAAGAUCAAAAUACUAUAAAAAAUUUGAGAUAAUAACUAUUUUAAUGAAAUCAAAGAAGCAAUCAUAAAAGAUUGUAAAAAUGAAUAAAUUCAUUUUUUUGUAUAUAUUUGUAAUAUUACUGGGAUUGAUAAUACAAAUCUUAAUGGUUUAAAACUUGGAACAAUUUAUCGAAGAUAUCAAAACAUUAUCAAUAAGAUAUGAUGUUGUCGAGCCUUAUGAAUCCUUUUAUGUUUCUAGAUUUUCUUAGGUUAAUUACAGAGAGCAAUUAGGUGGGGGGUUUAUAAAUGCAAGUGUUUAUGCUUAAUUGACAAAAUAUCCAUUCUCCACUUUUGGCCUUAUGUAUGAUCAUCUACGAAAUAGCAUGUACAGUGUAUUAGAAAGAAGGGAGAUCGAUUAACUAUCAGAUAAUGAGUUUAUAACAAUCAGUUUUUUGAAUAAAUCAUAUGUUGGGUAUACUAAGAAUGUUACUAUCAGAUCUUUAGCAAAUAUAUUGAUGAAUUAUUAGUAUGAUUUUAAGUUGGGAUUAACUAUUCGUAGUGUGGCGUUUGAUAGUCCAUUUUUUUACUUUACAAGUAAGAACUAUCUAACAAUAAAACACACAUUUGAUGGUUUAAAUAAGAUUGUUUUAGAUGCUACUUUACAGAGAUCUUAAUUAGAGAAGGAAAAAUGGAUAUCCGUGUUAUUACCAUUUAUCACGAUAAGUUUGUUUUUAUGCAUCAUAAUAAUUAAUAGUUAUAGAGAAUAUAAUUAAAUAAUGAAUUCAAUAUUUUAAUAUCUCAUGGAUUUGGAUCAGUAGAUAUUGGAUGGAGAAAAAAAGAGACUUUAAAAGCAUUUGAGUAUAGUAAGUAAUGAGUUAGAGAUAAUUAAGAAAUUUGAGUUUGAUAUUGAAGCUAUUGAUGCUGAAUUUGAGGAAUAAAAUAUUGUAAGUAAUAGGAAUAAUUCAAAGAGAGAUGGAAAGAGAUUCAAGAUUAAGAAUAACUUUUUAAGAACAACAGCUGCAAUAGGAUUUAUCCAUUUUUUGUUAUUUCUCACAUUCUAUAUGACUAUAUAUUUGAUUAUUGAAAGAUAUUUUGAGAAAUAUGAUCAAACAUCUAUCAUUUUUUAAAGGAUUAGUGAUCUUGGAGUUGAUAUUCCAACUUUAUAUGCUCAAAGAGAAGUUUUAUAUAGAAGGACUCUAAGAUACUUUUUUUUAACAGAUGCUGAAAUUGAUGGAGUGUAUGAUGUAUUUUUUUAGGCAUAUAAUAAAGUAGAAGAGUUCACAUAAUUAAAUAUUGAUUUAAGUUCGGAUGACUAUUUAUUUGAUGAAAAUGCUGUCAAUUUUUAUUAGGCUAUUAACAUAGGAGAUUUGUGUGAAUAUUAAACUGAAUAAUUUAAAGAGCUAGCUAAUUCAACUUGUGGAUUGGCGAUGAAUGGUAACUUAUUAAAAGGAUUAUCAUAAAUCUUACCAUACAUUUUAUAUACUUUAAAAACCUAAUAUGAUGAUAGUAAAAACUUUACUAUUUUACCUACAAACACUAGACUUGAAUUGGAAGGAGCAACUAUUAUUGGUAAUGUAAUGUCAACUGUAAUAUCUGAACUUUAUGAUAAUCUACUCAUUUCUUGUUUAAAGUUGAUUAAUUUCACUUAGAUACCAUGUAUAAUUUUCUUAGUAUUUCAAUCUAUUUGUAUAGUGAUUUACAUUGCCAUUAUGAAUGAAAAUCAUAAGUAACAAUUUUAGUCUAUUAAACAAUCUAUAUUUUUAUUUCCAAGACAGACAUUAAUUUUUGAUGAUUAGUUUUAUAGGAAUUUUAGAUCAAUCAUAAAAGAUGAAGGGAUUUAAUAAUGA